CAGAAACCGCUGAAGCAUUCGCACGCAAGCAGCUCUUUCUAUAUAUAUAGAUUUUGACCCCAAUUUGGUCCAACAACAUGUCGACUGUGCAAACCGUUCUUGGUGCAAUCACACCCAAUCUGCUGGGGAGAACUUUGACGCACGAACAUGUGGCUUUGGAUUUUGAGCAUUUCUUUAGACCCCCACCGGCGGAUUUUGAGAGGGAAUUGCAGGCCAAGAUUAGUAUGUCAACAUUGGGCUAUGUUCGUAUGUAUCCGUAUUCCAGCAAAGAGAAUGUACGCUUCUACGAUGAGGAAGCUCUUGAGGCAGCCAAAAAGGAUGUCUUACUCUAUAAGAAACACGGAGGCGGCAGCAUUGUGGAGAACAGUAGCUAUGGAUUGAAACGUAACUUGGAAUUUAUUGUCGAUUUGGCCAAAAGUACGGGGGUUCAUUUCAUUGCCGGCACCGGGCAUUAUAUACAUGCCGUACAGGAUGCCAGUCAUGCUAGCCUCACCGUGGAGCAAAUGAGUGAUCUCUAUUCCAAGGAUAUUAUCACGGGCAUUCAAGUCAAUGGUGAGACCGUUAAAUGUGGUUUCAUUGGAGAGGUGGCUAGUGUAUAUCCUGUUCAUGAAUUCGAGAAACAUUCCCUUCAAGCUGCUGGCGAGAUUCAAGAAGUCUUGGGCUGUGGCGUCUCUUUACAUCCCCAUCGUGUGACCAAUGCUCCAUUCGAGAUAAUGCGUCUGUAUAUGGAAGCCGGUGGAAGAGCCAAUAAGUGUGUCAUGUCGCAUUUGGAUCGCACAAUUUUCGAUAUCGAUGAGCUGCUGGAAUUUGCCAAAUUGGGUUGUUAUAUGCAAUACGAUCUCUUUGGCACCGAGUGCUCAUACUAUCAAUUGAAUUCCACCAUCAAUAUGCUCUCGGAUGGCCAAAGAAUUGAUAAUUUAAUGAAACUAAUUGAAGAGGGUCUAGUAGAUAGACUACUCAUGUCCCAUGAUAUACACACAAAACAUCGCUUGACUUCAUAUGGCGGUCAUGGUUAUCAUCACAUUCAUAUGAAUAUAUUGCCAAGGAUGUUUGCCAAAGGUGUUACCAUCGAACAGGUGGAACAAAUGACAGUUACCAAUCCAGCCAACUGGUUAGCCUUUAAUCCUUGAAAUCUUAGGGUAUUUUUAAUUGUCAAUGUCAAUUUAUAUGUUUCUGAACUUUGCAAUGAAUCGUAUUUGUGUGUUUA